GGCCUCGCGGGCUCCCGGCGCCAUGGGGGUGGAGAAGCGGCUGCUGACGAUCCCCGAGGCCCUGCGGCUGGCGCAGCAGCCGCACCAGAACCAGGCGAAGCUGGUGGUGACGCUGAGCCGCACCUACGGCACGGUGGAGAACAAGGCAGUGUUUCACGAGGAGUUCGUUCAUUACCUGAAGUAUGCCAUGGUGGUCUAUAGGCGGGAACCAGCUGUGGAGAGGGUGAUGGAUUUUGCAGCCAAGUUCGCUACUUCGUUUCACCAGGCUGGUGUGGAAGACGAGGAAGAGGAAGAUGGAGACAUUUUAAAUUAUUUGUUUAGCUUUCUCUUGAAGUCACAUGAAGCAAACAGCAAUGCAGUUAGAUUUAGAACGUGCCAGCUCAUAAACAAGCUCUUGGGAAGUAUGCCAGAAAAUGCCCAGAUUGAUGAUGACUUGUUUGAUAAAAUUAAUGAAGCAAUGCUUAUUAGGCUGAAGGACAAAAUUCCAAAUGUGAGAAUACAGGCAGUUCUGGCUCUUUCACGUCUUCAGGAUCCCAAAGACGAUGACUGCCCAGUGGCUAAUGCAUAUGCAGCUUUGAUCGAAAAUGAUUUUAAUCCAGAAGUUAGGCGGGCAGUAUUAUCAUGUAUUGCACCAUCAGCAAAGACGUUGCAAAAAAUUGUCGAACGCACCAAGGAUGUGAAAGAGGCUGUGAGAAAGCUGGCUUACCAGAUUCUAGCUGAAAAGGUUCAUAUAAGAGCUCUGUCCAUUGCUCAGAGAGUAAUGCUUCUUCAGCAAGGUCUGAAUGACAGAUCAGAUACCGUGAAGCAAGCAACUCAAAAGCAUCUUCUUCGAGGAUGGCUAAAUUUCACUGAAGGAAAUAUGUUGGAGUUGCUUCAUCGGUUGGAUGUAGAAAAUUCUUCCGAAGUGGCAAUUUCAGCUCUCCAUGCAUUAUUUUCAGUGACGCCUCUUAAUGAACUUGUAGAGAUCUGUAAAAGUAAUGAUGGGAGGAAAUUGAUUUCACUGGAAGCAUUAACUCCUGAAAUUGCUUUGUAUUGGCGUGUCCUAUGUGAAUAUUUGAAAUCAAAAGAUGAUGAAGGCGAAGAGUUUUUAGAGCAGAUCUUGCCGGAGCCUGUUGUCUAUGCGGAGUAUUUGCUGAGUUAUGUUCAGAGUAUUCCGGUGGUUACUGAUGAACAGAGAAGUGAUUUUUCCUAUAUUGGAAAUUUGAUGACAAAAGAAUUCAUAGGUCAACAACUGAUUCUAAUUAUCAAGUCUUUAGAUACCAAUGAGGAAGGAGGAAGAAAACGAUUGCUGACUAUUUUACAGGAGAUUCUUACUCUACCCACAACCCCAAUAUCCCUGAUUUCUUUUCUUGUUGAGAGGUUGCUCUGCAUCGUUACAGAUGAUAGUAAGAGAACACAAAUUAUUACAGAAAUUAUCUCUGAGAUUCGAGCUCCUAUUGUUACUGUGGAUGUGACUGAUGUAUGUGACACAAGAAUGAAUGAACUCAAGAUGGCUGGACUAAAAGUUAAACUUAUUGAGGCCAAAGAAGCUUUGGAAAGGUGUAUCACCUUACAGGAUUUUAUUCGAGCAUCAGAAUUAAAAGAAGAAAUAAAAGCUUUAGAAGAUGCCAGAAUAAAUCUAUUGAAAGAGACAGAGCAACCUGAAAUUAAGGAAGUUCACAUAGAGAAGAAUGAUGCUGAAACACUACAGAAGUGCCUUAUUUUGUGCUAUGAACUCUUAAAGAAGAUGUCUGCUUCAACAGGCAUUGGUGCAACCAUGAAUGGCCUCAUUGAAUCUUUGAUUCUUCCUGGGAUAACAAAUAUUCAUCCUGUCGUAAGAAAUUUGGCUGUUUUAUGUUUGGGAUGCUGUGGACUACAGAACCAGGAUUUUGCAAGUAAACACUUUGUAUUACUAUUACAGGUUUUGCAAAUUGACGAUGUGGCAGUGAAAAUAAGUGCUUUAAAGGCAGUCUUUGACCAAUUGAUGACAUAUGGAAUUGAACCGUUUAAAACUAAAAAAGUCAAUACCCUUCAAAGUGAAGGUGAAGAAGUGAACAGUGACGAAGUAAAAGAAUCAGAAGAAACCGAAGAAGAGAGUCUAACAGCCAAGAAUGUGCUGAAGCUCCUUUGCGAUUUCUUAGACAGUGAGGUGUCUGAACUCAAGACAGGAGCUGCGGAAGGCCUCGCCAAGCUGAUGUGCUCGGGACUCCUGGUCAGCAGCAGGAUUCUUUCCAGUCUGAUCUUGUUGUGGUACAACCCCAUGACCGAAGAGGAUGUGCAGCUUCGACACUGCCUGGGUGUCUUCUUCCCCGUGUUCGCUUACGCAAGCAGGACAAAUCAGGAGUGCUUUGAAGAAGCCUUUCUUCCAACUCUGCAGACAUUGGCCAAUGCCCCUGCAUCUUCUCCUUUAGCCGAAAUAGACAUCACUAACGUUGCUGAAUUGCUUGUAGACUUGACAAGACCAAGUGGGUUAAAUCCCCAGGCUCAGAACUCGCAGGACUAUCAGGCCUUAACAGUUCAUGACAACUUGGCUAUGAAAAUUUGCAAUGAGAUCUUAACUUGUCCAGGUUCUCCAGAAAUUCGGGUUUAUUUGAAAGCCCUGAGUUCUUUGGAACUGAGCAGCAAUGUCGCUAAAGAUCUUUUGGUCCUGCUGGACGAGAUUCUGGAGCAAGUAAAUGACAGGACAUCUCUGAGAGCUUUGGAGAAAAUCAAGAGUAAGUUAGAGAAAGGAAAUAAAGAACCUGGUGACCAGACUGUCAUAGCCCAGUCUGCCGACAUGACUGUGCCCGUUUCUCAGGAAGGAGACGACGAGAGCGAAGACGUGUAUGUAACUCCGCUGAGGAGCACUCGGGCGGCCAGGACAGCACAGUCUGCUCAGCAGAAGACAAACCGAGGACGCAGAAAAGCAACAGCUUCGGCCCGGACAAACAGGCGACGUCAGAUUGCCGAGACCGACUCUGAGAGUGAUAAUGAAGUUCCAGAACCGGAAUCUAAAAUGAAGAUGAGAUUACCAAGAAGAGCCAAAUUAGCAGCACUAGAAAAAAGUAGGCUUGACUUUUCUUAACAUCUCAAAGAAGAUCUAAGUUAGGAGAAGAGAUGAUGGAGGUGGGGUCCUUUCAAAAAUACCCUUCAACAAUAUGUUUAUUCUUUUCUUUAAUAAAGCUACCCUUAUGUUAA